UAACUUUACUUUAAGAAUUUGGUAUUACUGUUAGGAAUUUAUCUUUUAUUAUUAAAUGCAUAUUGUGUAAAAACAUUAAAUAAUUAUUAAUUAUUUAAUUAUUAUAUUGAAAAAAAAGUGUAAAAACAAUGAAUCCAAUAACAAUGCGUUCUAUACUAAUUAAUCAAAAUAAUAUUAUGAAGAGAUACUUACAUAUUAGCACAGUACUUAAUAAAGUACAAUCUGCACGUUAUAGAUCAAAACCAAAAUCGAUACAAUUACUAACAUAUGAAAUGGCAAAUCCUCCAGAAUAUAUUGUUGCUAGAAAAUCUUGGAAUUCAUGGAAUACAUCAAAUGUAAAAGAUGGUAAUAGGCCGUCAGAAACUGCUGUAGAAGAUAUUUUUAUUCGAAAUUUUAUUGAAGGUACUUGGCAUAAAUUAUUUGUAAGUGAGGUAAUUAUUAAACGACAACAUAACAUAAUUAGGAUAGCUGGUAUCGUCUUGCGUAAAAUACCACCUCUUAGAAUGCAUUUUCUACUUGGUUAUUGUGAAGAAUUGUUAAGUUAUUGGUUACAUUGUCCAGUCAAAAUGGAAAUAGUAACAAUAACAAAUAAAGAUGAUGUUAUAUAUAAAAUAAUAUAAUUUAAUCAUUAUAUAAAUAUUUUUAAGUUUACUUUAGUUUCAAUUAUUAUAAAAAAUUAUAUUAUGUAAAUAAAAAUAAAUCUAUAACCAUUAAUUUAUUAUAACAUGUAUACUUUUAUUGUACAAGUUGUAAUAUUAAAUAUAUUCUAAA